AUGGGGGUAGAAGUGCAGAUGCGGGGCGACGGGCGGCGGCCCGACGAGAAGUUGCGGGGCGACGGGCGGCGGCCCGACGAGAAGCUGCGGGGCGACGGGCGGCGGCCCGACGAGAAGUUGCGGGGCGACGGGCGGCGGCCCGACGAGAAGCUGCGGGGCGACGGGCGGCGGCCCGACGAGAAGCUGCGGGGCGACGGGCGGCGGCCCGACGAGAAGCUGCGGGGCGACGGGCGGCGGCCCGACGAGAACUUCGGUGUGCUCAUGCUUGUGGUGAUCACCGGUCGCAGCCCCCGCUCUGCCGACGGUGACAAGGAGGGGCACAUUCUGCGAUGGGUGGAGGAUCAAAUCUCCUCCGGCAAUCCGGCCUCCCUCAGGGACCAGGGCAUGGACGCCCCGGAUGAUGCUGUGCUGCGCCUGGCCCAGCUGGCCCUCUCCUGCACCGCAGAGCGCACUGCAGGCCGGCCCAACAUGACAGGCGUUGCCAACGAGCUGCAGGGGAUCAGGCAGGAGGUGGUGGGGAAGGAGGAGCUGGGUGCAGCGAUCAAGGUGGAUGCACUAGCACAGGAGAUGCGGAGCGGGACGUCCUUUCCCAAUGACUUGGCUGAAGAGCUCCAAGUGAUCAAGAGCAUGGAUGAAGAGACCGCCAAUACAGAACUUCAGGGGAUUGAGUACAGCUCAUUUGGUUCUGGUCGCACCGGAUGA